AUGAUCUGGAGGAAGCUAUGAAAAUGGUCCCCUGUCAUCUCAUCUGAGGGGCCUCCUUGGCACUUUUUUGGGGGGUUCCUUGUGCUCUUCAGUGGAGGAGAGAUGCCUGCAGAAGAGUGCAGGGCAUUACUAGAUGCUCUCAAUAAGGUGACGGCAUGCUACAGGCAUCUGGUUCUCACCAUAGGCGGGACUUCCGACUCCCAGAACCUCCGCGAGGAGCUGAAGAAGACCAGGCGGAAAGCCCAAGAGUUGGCGGUGGCUAACAGAAACAAACUGACCGGCACGCUCAAGGACGCCAGCCUGGUCAAGGAGGACAAAGCCGAGUUCGAGAGGCUAUGGGUCAUCUUCUCCACCUGCAUGGACAUCCUCGAGACCGACAUGAGGAGGGCUCUGGAGCUCGGCCAGGAGUUCCCGCUGAACAUCCCCAAAAAGCACCUCAUACAGACUGGCAUGAGCGGCGGCACGACCGGGGUGGCCGCCAGGGCCAUGAGCGUCCAGAACAUGAAGUACGAAGCCGAGCACAACAUAGACAUCAUGGACCUCAAGGACCUGGAGAACGAGAUCAACCAAGUCGGCGAGAUGAUGUACGAGAUGGAGAUGAAAGUCAGCGUGCCGCAGUGGACCGUGGAGGCCAAGCAGAACCCCGGCGCCGAGCUCAAGCUGGCCGCCGCCACCGGGUCUACCUCCCCGGGUACGGUCUCGACGGAGGAUCGCAAGGCCAUCUGCGACCUGAGCAAGCUCUUGGCCGCUAUGAUCUUCAGUGCCGUACUCCUCGUCGCUGUCAUACUGGCCGUUUGCGUGGUCAAACUUUCAUGAACUUUGUUCCCGGUGACCCCCCAAAGUACUUUUUAUUUCUUUAUUUUGUACGUUCUGCCAAACAUUUCGGCGCUUCUUUUGGGAAUGCUUCUCUCACGGGUCUCUCACCCAACAAACGAUGGACCAGUUGGGUAAAAUUUUAAUGAUUAUCUUACUAUAUAUCACUCGAAAACCACUCCU